AAAAAUAAUGUUGUUCAGCCACUAAACAUUGCUUGAUAUUUUUCUCUCUUUUCUGGCAAAAUAUCACUCUAGAUAAUUAAGUUUAUGACUUAUGAGUUAUGACAUGACACCGUUUACUUUGAAUCUUGCAACAUCUUCAGUAAUUUUAGGCACAAGAGUCUUCUUUCAUGGCUCUACAACUUUAUAAUAUUAAUCAAUAUUUGUUCCCUUAUUUCGUUUUCUAAGUUCUAUCUUCUGUGCCAGUAACCAAGAGUAGAGACCAAUGAGAAUUACAUUGAUUUCAUUUUUUUCCUUUAAUAUUUUCUUUUACUGCAUAUAUCUCACUUUUCAUGUUUAUGUUGCUUCUGGAAAUUGUCUUGUUGAUCAACAAUCAUUGCUACUUCAAUUAAAGAACAGUCUCACUUUCAAGCCCGAAAGUUCUACCAAACUGAAGUUGUGGAAUUCAAGCAUUGCUUGCUGUGAUUGGAUUGGUGUAACAUGUGACAGUAAAGGAUUUGUUAUUGGUCUUGAUCUGAGUGGUGAAUCAAUCUCUGGUGGAUUUGACAAUACAAGUAGUCUUUUUGAUCUCCAACAUCUUCAAAAAUUAAACUUUGCAGUUAACAAUUUCAGUUCUGUUAUUCCAUCAGGAUUCAACAAGUUGCAGAUGUUAACUUAUCUGAAUUUGUCAUAUGCUAGCUUUGUGGGGCAGAUUCCUAUUGAGAUUUCUCAACUUACAAGGUUGGUUACUCUUGAUAUCUCUUCUUUUAGCUAUUUAAUUGGACAAGGGUUGAAACUUGAGAAACCAAAUCUACAAAAGCUUGUUCAAAAUCUCACUAGUAUUAGGCAAUUGUAUUUGGAUGGUGUAAGUAUAACAGCUCAAAGACAAAAAUGGUGCAAUGAUUUGUCAUCACUCCAUGACUUGCAAGAAUUGAGUAUGUCAUAUUGCAAUUUAUCAGGACCACUUGAUUUGUCUUUGUCUAAACUUGAGAAUCUAUCAAUCAUUAUUCUUGAUGGUAACAACUUUACAUCCACAGUGCCUAAAACAUUUGUCAAUUUUAAAAAUUUGACUAUCCUUAGUAUUCCAUUUUGUGGAUUGACUGGAACAUUUCCACCAGAGAUUUUCCAAAUGGAAACAUUGUCAUUUAUUGACUUAUCCUUCAACUACAAUCUCCGUGGUUCAUUUCCAGAAUUUCUGCCAACUGGAUCUCUUCAAACCUUAAGGGUAAGUAACACAAGCUUCAAUGGAUCAUUUCCAUACACUAUUGGUAAAAUGAGGCACUUAUCUGAAAUAGAUCUUUCUAAUUGUAAAUUUAAUGGAACACUUCCCAAUUCACUGUCAAACCUUACAGAACUUAGAUACAUAGAUUUUUCAUCCAAUAGGUUUACAGGUCAAAUGCCAUCAUUUAGGAUGGCCAAAAACCUUACCCACCUAGACCUUUCUCAUAAUCAUUUAAGUGGUGCAAUUCCAUUAUCUUCUCACUUUGAAGGACUGCAUAAUCUUGUUAGCAUUGACUUGAGUUAUAAUUCUAUCAAUGGGAACAUUCCUUCAUCACUUUUUACACUUGCAUCAGUGCAGAAGAUUAGACUUUCAUUCAACCAGUUUAGUAAAUUUGACAAGUUCAUAAUUUUGUCUUCAUCUGUAGUGAACACUCUUGAUUUAAGUAGCAAUAGUCUAUCAGGGCCUUUUCCAAUAUCUAUCUUCCAGCUCAGUUCACUUUCUUUCUUGGAUCUUUCCUCUAAUAGGUUGAAUGGUUCACUGCAGCUAGAUGAGCUUUUGAAGCUUAUAAAUUUAACUGCAAUAGACCUUUCAUUCAAUAACAUUUCAAUCAAUGUGAAUGAUGCAAAUGCCAACCAGUCUUCCUUUCACAAUAUUAGCACACUAAAUUUGGCAUCUUGCAACCUGAAAACUUUCCCCAGUUUCUUGAGAAACAAAUCCAAAUUAGCCAUUCUAGACCUUUCACAUAAUCAAAUUCAAGGAACAAUACCCAACUGGAUAUGGAUGCUACCAAAUCUUCAAAGUCUUAAUGUUUCUCACAAUAUGCUCACAAAUUUGGAAGAACCUUUGCAAAAUCUCACUUCAAAUUUGAUAUCCCUUGACCUUCAUAACAACCAAUUGCAGGGAUCAAUACCUGUUUUUCCUAAAUACGCUUCGUAUUUAGAUUACUCAAUGAACAAAUUUGGCUUAGUUAUCCCACAAGAUAUUGGUAACUACCUGAAUUUCACCACUUUUCUUUCUCUUUCAAAUAAUAGUUUAGAUGGAAAUAUUCCUGAUUCCAUCUGCAAUGCUUUGAAUCUUCAAGUGCUUGAUCUUUCCAUUAAUAACAUUUCUGGAACAAUUCCAUCAUGUCUAAUGUCAAUGACUGAAACCCUUGUGGUAUUAAAUCUGAAGAUGAACAAUCUCAAAGGCUUUAUUCCAGAUGAGUUCCCACCUGAUUGUGUUCUAAGGACUCUAGAUCUCAAAAAGAAUAAGUUAGAUGGAAAGAUUCCAAAAUCUCUUGUGAAUUGCUCAGCAUUAGAAGUGUUAGACCUUGCAAAUAACAAUAUCCAUGACACAUUUCCAUGCAUGUUGAAGAACAUAUCCACACUCCGUGUCCUCGUCUUGCGCCAAAACAGGUUCUAUGGUACCCUCAGAUGUCAAAAGACCAAUGGCACUUGGCACAAGCUUCAAAUAGUUGAUAUAGCCUUUAAUAACUUCAGUGGCAAGCUACCUGGAAAUUGCUUCACAAAGUGGGAGGCAAUGAUGUCUGAUGAAAACCAAUCUGAUUCAAAGGUAAACCAUGUCCGAUUUCAGAUUCUUCAAUUCAGUCAAAUAUAUUAUCAGGAUUCAGUGACAGUUACAAGCAAAGGUCAACAGCUUGAGUUGGUUAAAAUUCUAACUGUCUUCACUUCUAUCGAUUUCUCAUCCAAUCAUUUCGAUGGCGAAAUACCAAAACAGUUAUUCGACUUCAUAGCACUCUAUGUGCUCAACUUGUCAAACAAUGCACUUUCUGGCCAAAUUCCAUCCUCAAUUGGAAAUCUACAGCAGCUUGAGUCCUUAGAUCUAUCAAACAAUUCACUGGAAGGAAAAAUUCCAACAGAGCUUUCAAAUCUUUCUUUCCUAUCAUUCCUAAACCUCUCUUAUAAUCAACUCUCAGGAAAAAUCCCUACAGGUACUCAACUUCAAUCAUUUCAAGAAACUUCUUUCAUUGGUAAUGAAAAACUAUGUGGACCUCCAUUGACAACAAACUGCACCAGCACCAAUACAAGUCGAACGACAAAAGAAUCUGUCGUUGAACUUGAUUGGCAGUAUAUAUUCAGUGGAGUUGGUUUUGGAGUUGGAGCUGGGCUAGUUUUUGCACCAUUGAUGAUUUGGGAGAGAGGUAGGAAAUGGAGCAAUGGCAUCAUUGAUAAAAUUCUCAUUGCAAUUCUUCCAUUAUUUGGAUUAACUUAUACCCCAAUUGGCAAUGAUGAUGAUGAAGAUGACACAAAAGAUGACUCUAAUAUGACAGAUGACAGUGAUUACAAUGAAGAUGAAAAUGAUUUGAGUUAUCAAAGGUUGUAUUGUGUCUUUUGUUCCAAACUUGAUAUUAUUAACAAAAAGGUUGUUCAUGACUCCAACUGCACAUGCUACAAUUCAUCACCAGCUUCAAAUUCAACCAAUUUAUCAGAUUCAUAUUCUUCAUAGUCACAUAUACAAAAGAUGAAAAAUUGAGCUUCUGUUUUUGUUUACUUUUAUUCUUUUCUCUGAAUGAAUACAUGUAUAUGUAUUGUACAUAAACAUAUAAAAUCAUUUCCAACUGUGGAAACCAAGCAAUGAGAAAUCAAAGAGUGUUAAUAUCGGUUUGAUGAGUUAAAGGUUAAGAAAUAAAGUCAAUGUUCGGUCACAAUUUUUUUGGACCAUUCAAA